AUGAUGUACCUUUCUUGCCGACGCAGUGGUCGUGGUCGCGGCAGCAGGCGUCGAGGUCGUCGCAGGGCUCCUCCCCCUCGCACCCGCUCCACCCCACGCCGCAGAACUUGCCGUACCGGAUCCCCACCGCUUCGCAAUUCAGCGUCGCGCACGACCGGCUGCACGGCGGCGGCGGCGGCGACGCGGCCGCGGAGCCCCCGGCCAGGAGGAGGACGACGAGCAGGACGGUCAUCGCCAUCGCCAUCGGCGGUUGGUGGUGGAGAUUGUUCUGGGAGCCGCGGUGGUGGCGGGCCACGCCUGUCAGUCACUCUUCAUAAUAAGGUUGUUCCCAAAGCCCAAGCCCAAAUCUUUUCCCCAAACCCCACCCUCCCACGCGCGCACCGGCCACCCCCCGCAAUGGCGGCGGCGGCGGCGUCUCCGGCAACCGCGCCGUCCUCCUUCCCCUCCACCCGCAAGGCACCGCUGCUCUCCUUUCGCAUCCCCAGCAAGCUCAGAGUCUCCGCCGCGGCGGCAUCGGCCGACCCGCCCCCGGCCUUCAGGUCCGUCACGGCAUUCGCGCCGGCCACUGUGGCAAAUCUGGGGCCGGGUUUCGAUUUCCUGGGCUGCGCCGUCGCCGACGCCUCGCUCUCCCUCGGCGACACCGUGACCGCCACUCUCGACCCCACGCUGCCCGCCGGCACGGUCGCCAUCUCGGGCAUCACCUCCCCGUUCCUCCCGCGCCUCGCCGAACGCCUCUCCCGCGACCCGCUCCGCAACUGCGCGGGCAUUGCCGCCGUCGCCGCGCUCCGCGCCCUCGGCGUCCGCUCGCACGGCGUCUCGCUCAGCCUCGCCAAGGGCCUGCCGCUCGGCUCCGGCCUCGGCUCCUCGGCCGCUUCCGCAGCCGCCGCCGCCAAGGCCGUGGACGCGCUCUUCGGAUCGCUGCUCCCCCGCGACGACCUCGUGCUCGCCGGGCUCGAGUCCGAGAAGGCCGUCAGCGGCUUCCACGCCGACAACAUCGCCCCGGCCAUCCUCGGGAGCUUCGUCCUCGUGCGGAGCUAUGAGCCUUUCCGCCUCGUCCAGCUCCCCUGCCCGCCCGCACUCCGCCUCUGCUUCAUCCUCGUCACGCCUGAGUUCGAGGCGCCCACCAGCAACAUGCGCGCCGCCCUGCCCAAGAAGGUCACCCUCGGCAACCACGUCCGCAAUUCGAGCCAGGCUGCUGCGCUCGUCGCCGCCGUGCUGCUGGGUGACGCCACCCUCAUCGGUUCCGCGAUGUCGUCUGACUUCAUCGUCGAGCCCACCAGGGCGCCGCUGAUUCCCGGCAUGGCCGCGGUGAAGGCCGCCGCCCUGGAAGCCGGAGCGCUGGGAUGCACCAUCAGCGGAGCGGGCCCGACCGCCGUGGCUGUCAUUGAGGGAGAGGAGAAUGGGGAGGAGAUCGCCCGGAGGAUGGUUGACGCCUUCCUUUCAGUGGGGAAGCUGAAAGCCAUCGCCACCGUCGCGCAGCUUGAUAGAGAUGGCGCCAGGAUUAUCUCCACCUCAAGUUUGGAGUAG